AUGAAGAGCAGCUCGGGUGAUGGAGUGGCCGGACACGUUUGUGUCACCGUGCCUCUGAGCAAGACACCUAAGCCCUCGUCGCUCCUGGCGGCCGAGCGAGGAGAGAACAGGCGGCGCGAGUCCGAGCGGGCCGCUGUGCCCUGCCCCGCCGCCGAGCCUGACCGUGUGAGCGUGCUCAGGCCGGGGAAUGUGAUGGAGCUGAGUGAAGACAAAGGCAGCGAGGUGGAGAUCCUGACAGCAGAACCAGCUCACCCAGAUGGGAGCCAGCUGAGCAGGAGUCUGAUCGACCGAGCGGUGAUGGAGGCCAAGGCCACCGUGGACGCGGCGUACGACUACUCCAGGAGAGAGAGCCUGGAGCGCGUGAGGAGGAAGGCAGCCAACCCAGCGGACCUGCUGCGUCUGCUCAAGCAGCCGGUGGGUCCCACCCGGACAGCGGUGCGCGCCGCCGACUACAUGGAGAACGCCAUCCGGCUGAUCCGGAGCGCCGCCGACACCCGACACAAACGCUCAGCCAUCAACGCCACAGACCUGAUCUCUGAGGAAGAGCUGGAGCUCAUCGCCACCCUGACGGGCUGCUCUCCACGACAAAGGAUCCCCUCCUGCAGGACCACUUUGGACACCUUUCGCACAGCCAGCGGCGUCUGCAACAACAGGCUCAACACCCGCUGGGGAUCGUCCAACGUCCCCUUCACCCGCUGGCUGCCUGCUGAGUACCAGGACGGCAUCUCUGUGCCAAAAGGCUGGGAUCCCGCCCGCAACAGGGACCUGCUCCCCUUGGUCAGAGAAGUGUCCAACCGCAUUCUGCGCACGGCGAACUUGGAGGUGGAAGCUGACCCACUCUACACUCACCUGGUGACCAUCUUCGGGCAGUGGACCGACCACGACCUGACCUUCACGCCUCACUCCCCCGUCAUCCGCUCCUUCAGCGACGGCAUCGACUGCGAGCAGAGCUGCGCGCGCACCGAGCCUUGCUUCCCCAUCAAGAUCCCAGCACGGGACCCUCGCUUUGGCCGCGACACCCAGAAGUGCAUCCCCUUCUUCCGCUCAGCGCCGGCCUGCGGCUCCGGCAACAGCGGCCACAUCUUUGGUGCCAGCAACGUCCGGCAGCAGAUCAACUCGCUCACCUCCUUCAUCGACGUGGGACAGGUCUACGGCUCCGACGAUGCCAAAGCCAGAUACCUGCGAGACCUCUCCUCGGACAGGGGCCUUCUGAGGGUCAACACUGAGUUCACAGACCAGGGGCGCGAGCUCCUGCCUUUCACGAGCAUGGGGGCCAACAUCUGUGCGACCCGGGCCCACAUCACCGGAGACAGUGAAGCUGUGGAGGUGCCCUGCUUCCUGGCUGGUGACGAACGCUCCAACGAGAACAUCGCUCUGACGUCCUUACACACGCUGAUGCUGCGAGAACACAACCGUCUGGCUCGCGCGCUGGCAGAACUCAACCCUCACUGGAGAGGAGAGCGGCUCUACCAGGAGGCCCGCAAGAUCAUGGGCGCUUACUUCCAGGUGCUGACCUUCAGGGACUACUUGCAGCACAUUGUGGGUCCAGACGUGAUCCAGAGCAAGCUGAGCACCUACCCCGGCUACGACGAGUCCGUGGACCCGAGCAUCUCCAACGUGUUCGCCACGGCUGCUUAUCGAUUUGCUCACCUGAUGGUCCAGCCCGUCAUGUUCCGACUGAAUGACAGCUACCAGCAGCACCCAGAGUUCCCCACCGUCAUUCUGCGGAAGGCCUUCUUCACGCCAUGGAGGGUGGUCUUCGAAGGUGGUCUGGAUCCCAUCUUGAGGGGUCUGGUGGGUCGGCGAGCCAAGCUCAACACUCAAGAGCACAUGAUGCCUGAUGAGCUGAGGGAGCAUCUCUUUAAAUUCUCCAAGGACUUGGCUCUGGACCUGGCUGCCCUCAACCUGCAGCGAGGCAGAGACCACGGGCUGCCCGGUUACAGUGAAUGGCGAAGGUUUUGCGGCUUGUCUGUGCCGAAGAACCGGAAUCAGCUAGGUCGGGUUCUCCAAAACCGAGUGCUGGCCCGGAAUCUGCUGAGGCUCUACGGUCACCCGAGAAACAUCGACGUGUGGCUGGGAGGAAUCGCCGAGCCUUUCGUCCCCGGUGGAAGAGUGGGACCCUUGUUUGCCUGCCUCAUCUCCACCCAGUUCCAGAGGAUCCGCCAGGGAGACCGAUACUGGUGGGAGAAGACAGGCGUCUUCAGUGAGGAGCAGCGAGAGUCCCUGAAGAAGACCUCGCUGGCCCGAAUCAUCUGCGACAACAGCGGCAUCACCAGGGUCCCCGAGCAGCCCUUCCUCAUCGGAGCCGUGUCCAGUUACGCGGACUGUAGCACGCUGUCGAGCUUCGACCUCCGUCCAUGGAAGGAGAGCGUGGCAGUCUAG